AGGUGUGGAUCAUUUCAAGUGUACCAGUAUGUGACAGGUGAAUCAUGAACUCAAUAGAGAGGAGACAGUGUGAUACCCUCAGAGUUCGUAAUAUCUGGACCUCCAUUGAGCACAUCAAGCAGCAAAAACAAGUAGCCAACUCUGAGAGGCUCUCCAAAUUGUGCCUCAGAGAGUAUGGGACACCUGAAGAGGAAGUUGAGAAGGACUUGGUGAAAGCUGUCCAUGAUGGCCUGGUUGCAAAAUCCCAGAGUGUGGCACACAAAGGCUCAAAGCCUGGAACUGAGCAAGUGGCAUACAGAAUUCCAAAGGAUGGUCCGGAGAAGGAUGAUCAUGACUGGUACUGCUUUAAGUGCCACAAGCCCGGGUCAGUUCUCCUUUGUAGUCAAUGUCAGCGAGUCUAUCAUCCUGGCUGCCUUCAAGAGAAGCCCAAAGCCUCAAAUGCAUCUCAGUUCAAAUGCCCUGUAUGUAUCAACAUAGCAGAAGGGCCAAAACUUUUCAAGAUUAAAAAUGGGAAAUUGAAUCACCUGCUGGGGUUCACCUGCAAGCUACUUACGGAACGGGCAGUAGAAAUUGAGAAGCUGAGCACUGGAAGACUCAAGGAAGAGGAGAUGUGGAUGUAUGAUCUCCUUGUGUUUCGGCAUCAGGACUUUGCGUCCAUUUGCAAGAAAGUCCAUGAGAAAGUCUAUACAUGCACAGAGGAGUUCAUGGCAGAUAUCCUGCAGAUUCAACACAACAACUGUGUCUUCUUUGGCCCUGAAAGUCUCCCUGGUGCACUCAGUGCAGUUAUGGUCAAUGAAUGCCAAUAUGAAAUUGAUGAAAUGAAGCUGUGUCGAGAUUGCUACCUCACAUCCAACGUGAAGAUGGAUAAUUGGUUUUCUCAGCCAUGUCGACCUCCGCACAAGCUUGUCUUUGCCAAGCAGACUGGGUUCCCCUUCUGGCCUGCAAAGGUCAUGCGUGAAUUGGAAAAUGAUGUCAAUAUUCGUUUUUUUGGCUGUUCACAUGAAAGAGCUCUGUUGAGCAAGACUGCCAUCAUGCCCUUUGACACACCUGCCUCUGUACUCAAGACUAAGAAGACACCAACAUUCAAAAAGGCCUGGGAAGAAGUAGAACAACUUCAGGAAGCUAUGGAGAAGGUGAAAGAUGAUCCCAGGUUCACUAACCCAAAUUUUGAAUCAGACAUAGAGGAAGAAAGAUCUGUUUCUACACCAGCACCUAAGCGUAGAGGACGCCCUCCACGUCCCAAGGUAGAAAAGAUGGAAGAGGAUGAGCAAAGCCAGAAGAAAGAGAAUGAAGGGGAUAAUAAAAAGCAAAAGAAAGAGAAUGAACCUGAAAACAAGAAACAGAAGAAGGAAAAGAAUAAACUCAUUGAGCAAGAUGCUCGUACAGACAGGAACAGAAUUGUUCUUGAACGGGAAGCUCGAAAACGAAAGAGGCAAACUCAGACACCUGUGAAUGAGGAAUCUGUGGUUUCCUCCACUACAAAUCAGGAAGCUGAAGCCCCAUCUCCUUCCAAAAGACUCAAGAAAGAAAUCCCAGAAGACUCGGGAACAGGGAAGGAACGGCCACCGCACCACACGAGCUACCCAGACUCGACAACCAAAGAGACCAAGUCAUGCCCCAAGUGUGGAUUUCAUGUUCCUCUACCACCCAGACGAUCUCCAGACAAUGCAUCUAAGACUGGGGUCCCAUCUCCUAAAACCCAGGAGAAGGAUGAGAAGCUUCGGCUGUUGAGAGAAGAAGUCACCCGACUACAAAAGGCUCUUGGUGAGAGGGAUCGACGGAUUGGAAACCUUGAGAACCUUCACAAGCAGGAGAUUUCAGAGACCAAGAAGAAGCAAUGGUGUUACUAUUGUGAAAGUGAGGCCAUCUAUCAUUGCUGUUGGAACACAGCCUACUGCUCCACUCACUGCCAACAGCUUCACUGGCAGGCUGAGCAUCGGAAGCUUUGCAAGCGCAAGCGAUAGAAGGCUGGCAUGCAGUGCUCCAAUUGUUUUGUUUUGCACUCCUUGGAAAAUGCAACCCUGUAAGACUUUAGUCACCUCAGUUUUUUUCACCUAUUUCUCAAUAGAAACAUUCUGUGAUUUGUGUUGUUCUGGAGCCUGGACAAUUUGUGAAGUUAAGUCAAUGGCCUUGACUUAGGAAGUACAAUGAUCAUUUUUGAUAUUUUUUGUCUACCCAUGUGUUGCUUGAAAGGAUCUGUGCCUGAGACCCAUGUUUCUUCCCCCCACCUUUCUCUGAGAGCUAUCAUUCCUCAGGGGCUCAGAAGCAAUGCGGUUUAACCAUAAGCAUAGUGUAGGCAAGAAGUGGGGGAGACCACAGCAACUCUGGGACAUUCCUGUCCUUGACAUUAUGUGUAUGGGAUUAACACACUAAUUUAAUGUUGAGGAAUUCAACAUGAAAAAAGUUAUUCAAUUGGCAAAAAAAAAUGCCAGGCACAUUUACUGACACUUAACAUUUUUGUCCUAGCUCUGUUCCAAUUGUUAUAUCUGUAGUUACAGUUGAACCACAUCUGCACCAUGUCAGUAUUAAAUUUUAGGGAAGGAAAAAAAAAAGAUGGGUUGCACCGCUGUGCUUCUGAACUCCCCCUUGUUGGUUUCUAUAGGCAUUGCUAUCUCAGUAGGGCUAUCUCUUUGUGGUGUCGUUUUUCGGAAAUAAAUUCAUUCACAGCCGU